CUUUCGCCCCCAUCGAUGGUUCGAUCAGAGAAGAAAAGGGGCCGCAGUUUUGGCCAAUCCCCCCGGUAGAACGAAAGCGAACAAACCCCCUCUGCCUCUUUUCUCCUUCGGCGGAGACGAUUUCGCCUCCGAUCCGCGCGUAUACCUAUCGAUAGUCCUACUCCGGAGGUAAUUUGGAGAGAAAGAUUGGAUCUUUCUUGUUCUCUAGCCGCUAACUCCUUAUCGGAACCCUUUUCCCAGCCAAAAUCCCGAUAUCUUUGCUACUCUUUUCAGCAAAAGUGUUCCAUCUUUGCCCCAUUUGUGUUUCAUCCUUUCCCCUUGCCAAGCUCAAGCCCUUUUGUGAGCCCCUGUUAAAUUCCCUCUCUUCGGUCUCUUUUUCGGAUUUGGAACGUUUUCCCCAAGCUUCUCCUCGGCUCCGAGCAUUUAGUUCUCAGAAGGUGAACCGAACUCUAGAAGGUUUCCUGAUUAUUAUUAUUGUGGAGAUCGGAAUUUGUGAGUUCGGAUCUUUGUGGCUGCGAGAGCUACGGUGUUCUUUGUUAGGGUUUGCUCCCUUAUUAGGAGGAACAAAUGAUGGUCUUCUGAUCUCUGACGAUGUUUACUUGACUGCGCAUGGUCACGUUUUGAGCCAUGGAGGCGGAUCCCACUGAUGGAUUCGGUUGGAUAUUGUGCUGAUUCGGGUCUGUGGCUUGCUUGCUCUUCACUACUAGUUCAAGGUUGAUUUUGUUUCGAGAGGGAAAAGGAGGAUCUUGAUUGGUGGUUGUUGAGUUACAGACUGUUUGUAUCCAACUUGAAAGCUAUAUGGUUUGCUUAGGCAAUUGCUAGUGGUGAUUUGCUGAAAGAGCAAUGGAGAGGACCUGAAUUUGGAAAUGAGUGUGGGGACAUGUUGCAGAGACAGGAGCUUGGCUGGUCUGUUCCCUUACUGGAACAGUUGUGUUGGACACUAGGUUACCUGACCAACCGAGGCUCACCGUGCAAUGUCUCGCUGUUUCCCAUUUCCACCACCAGGAUAUGAAAAGAAGACGAGGAGCGACCAAUUAGACUCACUAGCCGAGGAGAAACGCAAAGAGAAGAAGCAUAAAAAGGAGAAGAAGGAAAAGAGAGAAGGUAAAGAGAAAAAAGAGAAACAUCGAAGUAAAGAAAAGCACAAGGAGAAGAAAGAUCGAAAAGAAAAGCACAAAGACAAGAAAAAAAAGGAUAAAGACAAGGAUAAAAGCAGGUCACAGAAUGAUAGGCCUGACAAAGAGAGUCAGACUUCCCAUGCAGAAGUGCUUGGAGACUGCAGCCAUAAACCUGAGGAGAUCAAUCAUUCUAAGUUUAAGGAGGAGUUGGACAGGAGGAUCAAAGAUGAACAAAAGGUGGCAACAAGCACAAAGGUUGAGAACUUCUACAGCCCAAUCCAAAAAAGUGUUGGCAGCUUGGGUGCUGCAACUGCAAUGGUUAAAGAAAGUGUUGCAUGUCAUAGUACAUUUUCAUCCUCCAUGGUUGCUCCGCAAAGGCAAGUUGGUUGCAUGGAAAAGCCAGCUGACAAAUUUAAUAAUUCAACUCACAGAAAAAAUGAGGUCUUUGCAAAUACCAUACGAAAGGAAAAAAUUACAAGUGAUAACUUGGUACAGAAGCUCCUUAGUACUGGACAAAGAGGAAAUGGCGUCAUGUCACUACCAACGGAAAAUUCAGCAGGCUCUCUUUAUAGAAGAUUUGAAGGCCUAUCCUCUACAACUUCUAUCGAGAGUGAUAAUCGCAAGAGUGAUAAAGUUCCCUUUAAUUCCAGUACGGUACAAAGAACAAGUAAUGGAAUGGGACAAUCAACACAAAGCCUUUCUGCUCCCAAAAAUGUCAACUCAAUUAGCCUUCCACUUAAGAUGGAAGGAAGAGCAGAUGCUGGCAAAAGUAUUGCUAACAAGGGCCAUAUGGUUGCAAAAAGAAUUGAUGGGAUCAGUCAACCAGUGGAGAAGGAUGCAGAUACCAAGAGCAAGGAAGAGAAAGCAAAGAACAAAGAGAGAGAAGCUGAUGUUAAUAGAGAAGAGAAAUACAAGGACAGGGAUCGUGGUAAGAAGGUCAAGGAUAAACACAAGCAUAAGGACAAAGAAAAAGAAAAGGCAAAAGUAAAAGAGAAAUCUGAACAUCUCAAGGACCAAAAUGAACCUAGUGAAGACAGGAAGAAGAGUCAGCCGGAUAUUCUCAAACUAAAGCCUUUAGGCCCUCAAACAUAUAAUUCAAAGAAUCAUCUUAUCGAUGGCAAUAUCAAGAAGAGGAAGGAAACUGAUAAAAAUGGCUUUCUUGAUGACACUAAUUUGCGGCCUAACAAGGUCCAAAGAACAAAUUGUUCCCCUCAUCUUCAUGAAGAGAAUGGGAGGACACUUGGGUCAUCCUGGAUUGCUGUUCCUUCAUUAAAACCUGAAGCCACAGGUAAUAAACUACCUACAAAAGCAGUAGGUCAAAACCAACAAAUGAUAAAUGGCAUCUCUAAAGCUCAGCCAUCCUCAGCUGGCUUGAUGUACCCAGUUGCUGUAGAAAUGAACAUAACCAGUAAAGUUCGUGCAAGUCCUCACCCCGAUUCUGUGUUUCUCGAACAACUGUACACAAUUCCCAAAGUGGAUGAGUAUCCUGAGCAUGACAACCAGGAGUGGCUUUUCAGCAGUCAUCAUGCUCAAAAACCGAAGGCAAAGCUUGAAGCUAGUGAAGUUCCCCAUGUUUGGUCGGAAGCUAUGAGGAUUGAAUUAGCAGAUAUUGUGGCUUUGCCGUAUGUUGUUCCUUUUUGAUACAUGAUAUCCUCAUCUUGAAGUGGCUCAGUUACGACUGAAAGAUAAAGCAGCAUGAAGAACUUGUUGAUUUGGCAAUUUUGCUGUCUUCAGUUCCUGCAACCUGUUGUUUCUGGUUUGAGCUCAGACUUGUUGAAGAUUCAACAAAUGGCACACUCAAAAGUAGAGUGACUUGCAAUACUAGUAUAACUUGCAUUUGUUUGGUUUCAAUUGGGUUACCGAACACAUUUCAUCCGAAAUCAAGUUAAGCUUCAGUAUUUCCAACGCAGAAAAACAGGAGGUAGAAAUGAGAGUGUUGUUCAAGUUGUGUUGGAGUAUCAGAUCAUGUGAGGAGUGGUUUUGCUGCAAUGUGCACAAUUUUGAUUUUGUAUCAAUGUACAUUUUUUCAGGAAAAAGAAGUAAUGUACAAUAGAGGGGAGGUGGAAAUGAAAGACGAUAUUUUUCAUUUUUGUUA